UGUGUGUGUGUGUAUGUGUGUGUGUGUAUGGGUGAGAGAGAGUCUGCACCGACCUGAAAGUCCAGUUUCUCCAGGAAUUAUCGCCGAGGAGGCCAAAAACAUUAUCAUGUCACAGGACACAGACAACAGUAAGAGGCUGGUGGUGGUGGUCCCUAAUGAUCCUCUUUACAACCGUCGCUCGUACACUAGUGAGGAUGAGGCGUGGAGGUCGUACCUGGAGAACCCGCUCACCGCUGCUACUAAAGCUAUGAUGAGCAUCAAUGGAGACGAGGACAGCGCCGCCGCUCUGGGCCUGCUGUAUGAGUAUUACAAGGUUCCUAAGGAGAAGAGAGUGCUACCCAUUACUAAAGUUCUGGAAGCGGUGGAAGAACAGGAGAAGAGUGUGUCUGACCCCCCAGUAGUAGAUAAUCACGUUCAAGUCCUGAAGUCGGUUCCAGUGAAUCUGUCUCUCAGCACUGAGUCUCACGACUCCAAGCGGGAAGGUUUUACCGAGAGCAGCCACAGUGUUGCCACAGUAAAGGCUGAGGCGUAUGCCCCUGUUUUCAUGAACUCCACCCUUCAGUACCGUAAUGAGGGCGAGGAGCAGGCGAGGGUUGCAUAUGAACAGAACACACACACGCUCAGUGGCGAUCACGCUGCGUACGGAAAGGACGGACAACGCAGCAGCCCUGACAGCACGUAUGAUGACAAGGAUGACGGUGCCGAGAAAUAUCGUCCCUCAUCUCUCGGAGCCAGCGACUUUAUCUUCGACCAGUCAAGCAUAGACACAUUCCAGUACUCUUUGGACGCCACAAAGUCCCUGAGACAGAAACAGGGUGAGGGGCCAAUGAGUUACCUAAAUAAGGGACAGUUUUACGCUGUGACACUAAACGAGACGAGCAGCAACAAACGCCUGAGACACCCCAUCAGCAAAGUGCGGAGUGUCAUCAUGGUGGUGUUUAGUGAAGACAAGAACCGAGAUGAACAGUUGAAAUACUGGAGAUACUGGCACUCUCGCCAGCAUACGGCUAAGCAGCGGGUCCUUGACAUCGCGGAUUACAAGGAGAGCUUCAACACGAUUGGGAACAUCGAGGAGAUUGCCUACAACGCCGUUUCUUUCACGUGGGAUGUCAACGAGGAGGCUAAGAUCUUUAUCACAGUGAACUGCCUGAGUACAGACUUCUCAUCUCAGAAGGGAGUGAAGGGUCUGCCGCUGAUGAUCCAGAUCGAUACGUACAGCUAUAACAACCGCAGCAACAAACCACUGCACAGAGCUUACUGCCAGAUCAAAGUUUUCUGUGAUAAGGGAGCAGAGAGGAAGAUCCGAGAUGAAGAGAGAAAGCAGAACCGCAAGAAGUCUAAAGGGAAAGAAGCAGGUGCUGGAGCGAUCACUCUGCCCAAAAAGGGUGACGCCACCCUGUUCAGGACAAUGACGGAUCUGGACGCUCAGCCCGUCCUCUUCAUCCCCGACGUCCACUUCGGAAAUCUGCAGAGAGCCGCACAGGUUUUCGCCUUCAACACUGAAGAGGUUGAAAGAGAAGGGAGUGUGUUAGUAAAGAGGAUGUUCUGGUCAGCAGAGGAUGAUAGCUGCCCUUCGCCUCAUAAACAGCUCAGAGAGGAACCACAGAAAAGAGUGCUUCUGUACGUCCGAAAAGAGUGUGACGAGGUAUUUGAUGCCCUUAUGCUACGUUCCCCGACGCUCCGAGGCCUCAUGGACGCAAUCUCAGAGAAAUACAGCGUGCCUGUGGAAAGGAUCGCUAAAAUCUACAAAAAGAGCAAGAAAGGAAUCCUGGUGAACAUGGACGACAACAUCAUCGAGCAUUACUCCAAUGAGGACACCUUCAUUCUGAGCAUCGACAGCUACGCCGAUGCCUUCAAGAUCACUUUGACAGAAAUUUAGUUUUUCUGUCAGAACACAAAACGCUUUAUUCGUAAGACGCUCUCUUGCCAGCGCCAUGGAGGAAGCAGUGCUGCUGCGUUCAGUGUCUGCGCCGCCGAAACGUCCAUGUACGAUUACAAACCAGGUUUAAACGAAGUGGCUUCUUCUAAAGUUGUCCUUCUACACAAAACAUGAAGAGUCGACUCAGACACGAGUUAUGUGAUUCCAGACCUAACUCAAAUCAGCAGCCAAGCAGGACGUUCUCCUGUCAGUAAUAAUGUGACGCUACUUUAUAAAUGUUUGUUACAAACUUAAAUUCAGGAGGUGAGAAAAUCAGACGUUUAUGAACAUUUAUAUUCUAUAAAUCAUAAAUACGUUGAUAUUUUCUUAUGGUGAUGUAUCAUUUCAUAAAAUGUCCAAAUGUAGUCUUAUACAUUUCAAAUGAACAGCCUCAUUUCCAGCUAAAAUAGCUGGAUAAGGGACAUUCGAGUCAAACUGGGACUUGUGAUGAAAUGUCUGGUGAAAGCAGGCAGUAUGGUGAGACUCUUAGCCACAGUAAAAAAUUUUAAUGGUGUGAAUCUUUUAAGGAAGGCUGUACGUCCAUGAAUGACGUCCAGUGGCUCGGAGCCCACUAAAGUCGUUUCUGUGAACAUUCAAGAAGUGGAACGCCUGAUUCAUGAAAAUCGACAGUGCAAACUUGAAGUAUAGACGCAUCAGUCUGUGGGAAGUGUACAUGCGAUCAUUCACCAACACCACUUGCUGCAUCGUCCAUACAGUCCUGACUUCGCUCCAAGCCAUCUCCACAUGUUCAGGGCAUUAAAGGAGUUUUUGGGAGGCCAGCGCCUUAGAUGUGAAUCACACAGGCAAUCCGAUGAUAAAUAAUUUCUACCUGGAUGGUAUCCAAGCACUAGUGAAACACUAGAAUAAGUGCACUAGUGUAGCAGGGAAUUAUGUAGGGAAAGAAAGGGAGUUUUUACUCUCAGAACUGUGUUCUGUUAUUCUGCACAAUCAAAAAUCCUGGUUUGACUCGAAUGCCCCAUAGGGCAUAUUAUUAUAAUUAUUAAUAUUAUAAUUAUUAUUGUUAUUAUUAUUAUUUUAUUGUUUGGAAAUAUAAUUCCCCAAAAUAUCCCCCUUAAGUAUUUUAAGUAUUUUUAACUUAAAUAAAGAUCAUAAUGUGAAAAAAUUCUGCAGGAUAUAAAAAUAAAUAUAUGUAUCUAUAAUGUAUCAUGAUGUUCGGAGAGGACUUGUGUUGUUUCAGAAAAUUAAUAAUAUUAAACAAACAAACAAAAAAAAUAGUGGUAAUGUUGCUGACCUGAGGAUCACAUUUACUCUCACCUCAUCCACAUACACUACACUAUAGUCUGAUGAGCUUCAUUAAUAUAUAUUUGUAAUAAUUAUUUUGUGCCAUGUACAGUUUUUGUAUUUGUUCAUAUGUUUGUGUAAUGAAUUUUUACAUUUGGAUUUCAGAUGUAGCUGUAAUCCACAUAGUUUUUCUUUGUUUGUUGUCAAUGCACUCGUUGAAGUGAAAGAUGUGUGUCAGGCACCAAUGCCACACUUGUUAUAAGAGUACAAAAGCGUGCCUUUACUGUAGUUUUAAAUGUUUUUGUGUAUUUGUUUGUACAUCCAAGCAUUUCCUGUUGUGUCUUUCAUGCUAGAAGAAUUUAGCACUAAUGCAGAUGUUCAUCUCCUCAGCAUAUAUAUAUUUUUUGUAAAUACAUCUUCUGUGCCAUGAAACAUGUCUAACGUGUCAUGUGUGUCAAUCUUUUUGAAGAUAUACAGGCACAAUCGCA